CGGCGGGGGCCACGGGAGCCACAGCAGCAGCAGCUACGACCCCGGCCCGCCGUCCGGCUUCUCGAGCUCGAGCCACGGCGGCGGCGGCGGCUUCGGCGGCGGUGCCUCCAGCUUCGGCCCUGGCCGCCGCGGGCCCACGAGCAUCGAAGGCGGCGGGGGCGGCUCCGGGCUCUCGCUCAGCGGGCUCUCGCCGGCGAACCUCGUCCGGCAGCUCGGCUCCCGGCCGGUGACCGAGCUGGUGGCGGAGCAGACGCGGAACUUGGCGAGCCUGCCCCGCAUCGCGACCCGCGCGUACCAGUCGGCCGCGCGACGCUACCUGCGGCCGUGGAACGAGUUCGCGCGCAUCCGCCCCGGCCGCGUCUUGGAGGGCCUCCGGAACUCCUACCGCCGGGGCGAGGUCCAGAUCUACGUGCAGCGGAACGUGCUCGCGAACGCGCGGGCGUUCUGCCCGAACUACCUCUUCAUAUUCAUGGCCACCCUGUUCAUGUUCGUCGCCACUUCGCCGAUGCUCCUGGUGAUGCUCGCUGGGGUUGGGGGAGGGUGGACCCACGCGAUGAAGAACGACGACUUCAGGAACAGGCCGUGGCAGCUUCAGAUAGGCGGGGUGUCGGUGCCGCUCGGGUCCAACUCCAAGAUGGCGAUUUUGUCCCUGCCGACCCUGUUCCUGCUGCACUUCUUCAUGGGCCCGGUGCUCUGGUCGGCCGCCCUCUGCAGCGGCGGCGUGAGCCUGGCGCACGCCGCCCUCCGCGACCGCGAGGACGACCGGAACGAGGAGGAGGACGACCACGGCCUCGGGCCGUCGUCCGUGCGCAUCCGGGAGCUCCCCUGAGCUCCUCGAGGGCGGGUCCUCCCGCUCGCUGCACCUCCCUCGAUUCUCGAACCUCGCUGCUCCCCGGACCUCGAUCCUCGACCCCUCGGCCUUCCGCCCUCCCAGCCCCCCCGCAGGCGGGCGCAGCGCCCGCGACCUCCUGGCAUCGCGGGAGAGGGAACUCUGGCCGAGGGGGGAGCACUCGGGUGGGGUCCAGAGCUCCGGACCAGCGAUGCCCUCGCGGCGUCGGACGACGUGGGCGGCCACGCGCUCGCAUACUGCGAAGAAGAACGACGGCAUGAGCAUAAACCUUCGAGGUUCCGCGCGCGCGGAUUGUUUUAAUCUGCGCCAGGCCAACGCUGGCGGCGCCCCCGGCGCGCAGCGCCAGUAUCGUUCCUGUCGUAUAUAGUCACGGCAGUCUCCAAGUUGUGUGUAUCUAUCAGUGUGUCCCAGGGCCCCUUCAGACAUGCCCGACCCCACACCAGAUCCGCUGGCUGCGUGGCCGCGUGCUUUCCGCCCGCGAGCCCGGCGGCUGUUUCUCCAGGUGAGCCGCGCGGCGGCGCGGCCCGGCACAGCUCCCUCUCCCGGCCGCGGGGGGGGGGGACCGAUUCGCGCCCGCGCGCGCGCGGCGUAUACGCACCCCGGCGCUCGCCCGUUUUUUGACGGAAA